AUGGCGUCAAAAAAGACCAAGCCCACCGCUGGCGACGAUGUCGACGAGCUCUUCUCUGGCCUUGACCUUGAAAAGAAGCCCAAGAAGACCACCAAGACCAAGCCUACUUCUGCCGCAUCCAAGGCAAUUGCCGACCAGGACAUUCUAGCCGAUCUCGAAUCAGAGCUGGCCGAGCAGCCUUCACGACCUCAUACUCCUCGAAUCAAGGAUGCUACCCGCCGUUCCACAGCGACACCUCCUGCCGGUGACCCCCGCAAAUCAACAGACAGUACACGCAGUUUGAAAGCUACCUUCACACCGAGCGCGACGAGCUCAGAGCUUCUUGAGAAUGAAAAAAAGCCAACUGCUGAACCUGUCCAGGAUGCUACUCCCCAGGCCUCUGGUGGGGGAUGGUGGGGUGGCAUUCUGUCCACGGCCAGUGCUGCCAUGAAGCAAGCUGAAGCUGCUGUCACCCAGAUCCAGCAGAAUGAAGAAGCCAAGAAGUGGGCGGAGCAGGUCAAGGGAAUUAGGGGACUGGACGUCAACACCUUGCGAAACUACGGUGACGAACUUCGACACCGCGCUCUCCCUACAUUUACCAACAUCCUCCAUACUCUUGCACCUCCCAUUAGCUCCCACGAGCGUCUUAUUAUUCACAUCACCCACGAUAUUGUCGGCUACCCAUCCCUCGACCCUCUGGUUCAUAACGUGUUUGGCCAUGUGAUGGCUCAGGUUGAGGGUGGUGAUCUCUUGGUUAUCCAGCGUGGGCAGGAAAGUCAGUCUCGACGUAGUACUGAUAGUUCUGCUGGAUGGCACGACGGACCUUGGUGGAGACAAAGCGACACUGCUCGCGAGUUGGGCUUGGUGAAUGGAAUGCCAGAGGGAACCAAGCUUUGCCGCGCCAACGCCGAAUCGCAUGCGAACGAAUACUUCUCCGCCAACGGUGGUGUAGAGGCAGCCAAGCAAAAGGCCACAGAAGACGUCAGCGAAACCAACCCUGUUCGAACAUCUGAUCUGUUCUUAGCCAUCCAGGCAAUUGCUGUGGAUUCCGAUGAAACUCUGUUUGCUCGCACUGCUUCUGCAGAGAAGGAGAAGGAAUCCGAUGUCGAGGACCAGGACGACGACGAGGAGCUUAUCUGCUUCGCAGUAUUCAUCUUGGACCCUAUCCAUGAUAUCGAGUUUUAUACCGUCAGCCAGUCUAUUCCUGCUCGAUGGGUUCAGUGGCUGGACACCCCUGCUCCUCUCACCCCUCAUUCUGGCGAGGAAGGCGAGGCUUUGGAUGCUAACGUCCCGGAUGAGAUCAGGGACAUUAUCGAGAGUGGCGGUGUUGAUCCCCGAGAGUGGGUAGCCGAGUGGCUCGAGGAGCUUCUAAACCUCUCUAUUGGCACUGUCGCUCAGCGAUAUGUUGCCCGUCGCAUGGGUGUUGGCGAAGGCGGUCUCGGAAGGGGCAAGAAGAAGAUGGAAGAGCUUGUGCAAGACAAUGCUGGAGAGGCUGCCCGUGCUGGAGUCAUUUAA